GCCGCAGCGAGGCGGAAGAAGCCGAGGGCCGGCUACCUGUGACCGGGUGGAGCGCGGGAAGUCUGGCGGCCAUGGCGGCCUCGGGGCCCGGGAGUCGCAGUUGGUGCUUGUGUCCCGAGGUGCCAUCCGCCACCUUCUUCACGGCGCUGCUCUCCCUGCUGGUGUCCGGGCCCCGCUUGUUCCUGCUGCAGCCGCCCCUGGCGCCCUCGGGCCUCUCUCUGCGGUCCGAGGCCCUGCGCAACUGGCAAGUUUACAGGUUGGUGACCUACAUCUUUGUCUAUGAGAACCCAGUCUCCCUGCUCUGCGGUGCUGUCAUCAUCUGGCGCUUUGCUGGCAAUUUUGAGAGAACUGUGGGCACCGUCCGCCACUGCUUCUUCACCUUGAUCUUCGCCAUCUUCUCCGCAAUCAUCUUCCUGUCAUUUGAAGCUGUGUCGUCACUAUCAAAGCUGGGGGAAGUGGAGGAUGCCAGAGGUUUCACCCCAGUGGCCUUUGCCAUGCUGGGAGUCACCUCUGUCCGCUCUCGGAUGAGGCGGGCCCUGGUGUUUGGUGUGGUGGUGCCCUCGGUGCUAGUGCCCUGGCUCCUGCUGGCUGCCUCUUGGCUCAUCCCCCAGACCUCCUUCCUGAGCAACGUCUGUGGCCUUCUGGUCGGGCUGGCGUAUGGUGUCACCUACUGCCACUCCAUCGACCUCUCGGAGCGAGUGGCGCUGAAGCUCGACCAGAAGUUCCCCUUCAGCCUCAUGAGGAGGGUCUCCGUGUUCAAGUACGUCUCCGGGUCUUCAGCCGAGAGAAGGGCUGCCCAGAGCCGGAGGGCCUGCUGCAGACGCCCAGAACAGAACGUGUCCCAGGCAGCCCAACAGUGGGUCAUAGGCGGCGGCGUGACGGCGUGCGUUUGGUGGCUGAACCCUGUGCCUGGCUCCUACCCCACACAGAGCUGCCAUCCUCAUCUGUCUCCAAACCACCCUGUCACCCAGAUGCAGCAUGCCAGCGGCCAGAAACUGGCCUCCUGGCCAACCGUCCCUGGGCACAUGCCCAGCCUGCCCCCAUACCAGCCCACCUCCGGCCUGUGUUAUGUGCAGAACCACUUUGGCCCGAACCCUAACUCCUCCAGCGUCUACCCGGCUUCUGUGGGGACCUCCAUGGGGGUCCAGCCCCCUGCCCCCGUCAGCUGCCCUGGCACAGUGUAUUCUGGGACCCUGGGCACCCCAGGGGCUGCAGGCUCCAAGGAGUCCUCCAGGGUUACCAUGCCCUGAGAGAACAUUAAGGGAAGUCACCUCACGUCUCGGCCUUCCGAGGAAGGUCCUGUCAGCUGAUUUUCUUGACAAAAACUUAUUUAUUGAAUACCUCCUGUGCCAGGCCGUGUCGAGUACCUUGAUACAUGUCCGUUUCCGCCCCCUUUGUGCUCCCAUCGGCUCUGUGAAGUAGUUUACACAGACAGAACUGAGACACUCUGUGACAUCAUGGGAUCUUGUGGCCCUGGUGGCCCAGCUGGAGUUCCUCACUCAUGGCUCAGGGCUCCUCCCAGAGGACGUGGGAGGGAAGGGCAGCUGUCGGGCUGCUGAUGGCUCUCCAGUGCCACCUUCCUUCCUGUGUCUACUCUGCACACGCUCUGUCCCCUGCAGUGUCCCUGUGUCUGUGCUGGGCAGCCCCCAGGCCUCUGUAGUAAAUCUCCCCCAGUCAUCUGCACCCAGCUGCGGUGACCUGUGUCGUGUCCUUGACCUUUGUAUAAAGAACCAGCCUCCAACCUGCC